UCUUUUUAAUUUCAUAACGUCACAAUCGCCAAUUAUGAAGCUCUUCGUAGUGUGGACGACGGUCUUGGUGCUGGGAAAUCUGGGAGCCGGCAGCCAGUCACUUGCCGACGGAGGGGGCUCCAAGGGGCUCCCGCAGGACGGGGCGCCCUCCCUUACCCAGGAAAAGACCGAUGUGGACCCAUGCCGAAAACAAGACGAGGGGGGACUCAAAGAGUUACCCAAAGUGUAUGAUCUAACGAGCAUGGAAAAUGGCACUCACGACACCAUCAAGACCGUGGAAAGAAGAGUCAUUAACAAUACAGACGAAGCGGGGCAUUUAACAGGAAACAAGACAGUCGUUGAAAAGACGACAGAGACUGACGUACAGCCCAACCGAAAUGUAUCAAAGACUACGGAAGCACAAGUCGUUGUUGAUGAGAAAGGUAAAGAAAGUGGCGAAAAACAUGUCACAGAGAGCGAAACGGUGACGCAAAGCACUCCAGACAACGGAACCUUAACACAGACGGUGGACGUGAAAACUGUAACGGACGAAAAGGGCAAUGAAAUAAACGAGGAGGUUGUUAUAAAGAAGGAAGCAACAGUACUCACUAAUGACACUAAAGAAAAGCCGAAGGACGAUAAAGCUGCAACUCUUCUUCUUCCGAAGGAUGACCAAGGUAAAAACAAAACAGAAACUACAGAAAUAACAGAGGAAAGAAAGGAGACCCUGCCCGACAAUACAACGCAUGAAGUCUUAGUAAAAGAGAAAGAAGAAAUAUUGCCUUCACAGAACAGCACUAAAGUGACAUCUGUGGAGACGAAGAAUGUUACAGAGAAGGGUGAUGGACUUCAGAAGACAGAAAUAACAGAGGAAAGAAAAGAGAUUCUGCCCAGCAAUAUAAAGAAUGAAGAUGUAUUGAAAGAAGAAAUAUUGCCUUCACAGAACAGCACUAAAGUGACAUCUGUGGAGACGAUGAAUGUUACAGAGAAGGGUGAUGGACUUCAGAAGACAGAAAUAACAGAGGAAAGAAAAGAGAUUCUGCCCAGCAAUAUAACGAAUGAAGAUGGAUUGAAAGAAGAAAUAUUGCCUUCACAGAACAGCACUAAAGUGACAUCUGUGGAGACGAUGAAUGUUACAGAGAUGGGUGAUGGACUUCAGAAGACAGAAAUAACAGAGGAAAGAAAAGAGAUUCUGCCCAGCAAUACAACGCAUGAAGAUGGAUUGAAAGAAGAAAUAUUGCCUUCACAGAACAGCACUACAGUGACAUCUGUGGAGACGAUGAAUGUUACAGAGAAGGGUGAUGGGCUUCUGAGGGCAGAACAAACAAAGGAAAGAAAGGAGACUCUGCCCGACAAUACAACGCAUGAAAUUGUAGUUAAAGAGAAAGAAGAAAAAUUACCUUCACAGGAUAGCACUAACGAGACAUCCGUGGAAAGUAAGAAUGUUACAUAUAAGGACGAUGGAAAAGAUGUCGAGAAAGAAACUGUAAUUCAAAAAGAAGUCGAAAAGAAUGUGUGUAAUGGCGACAUCAAGGAGGUUCGUGACGAAAGACAUCUUAACGAAACAGCUGAAGACCUGAAGCGCCAAGUUAGCGACGUGAAGAACAAGAUUGAGGAAGAAAAGGCAAAGGCUGAGGAAACAAGUCCUACGCCGACCCAAUGGAUAGAACAAAAACCAGUUGCCGCCCCUGCCAUCCAAGAAGGCAAGGUCGUUAGAAAGGUAGUCCCUGCUGUGAGGCCAAUGAAGGUCGUUAGAAAGGUAGUCCAUGUUGUGAGGCCAAUGAAGGUCGUUAGAAAGGUAGUCCCUGUUGUGAGGCCAAUGAGGGUCGUUAGAAAGGUAGUCCCUGCUGUGAGGCCGGUGAAGGUCGUUAGAAAGGUAGUCCCUGCUGUGAGGCCAAUAAAGGUCGUUAGAAGGGUAGUCCCUGUUAUGAGGCCAAUGAAGGUCGUUAGAAGGGUAGUCCCUGUUAUGAGGCCAAUGAAGGUCGUUAGAAAGGUAGUCCCUGCUGUGAGGCCAAUGAAGGUCGUUAGAAGGGUAGUCCCUGUUAUGAGGCCAAUGAAGGUCGUUAGAAAGGUAGUCCCUGCUGUGAGGCCAAUGAAGGUCGUUAGAAAGGUAGUCCCUGUUAUGAGGCCAAUGAGGGUCGUUAGAAAGGUAGUCCCUGCUGUGAGGCCAAUGAAGGUCGUUAGAAAGGUAGUCCCUGUUAUGAGGCCAAUGAGGGUCGUUAGAAAGGGUGUGCCCUCGGUGAGACAAGGAAAAGUCUUCGUUGCGCAUCGAGUUGUUGAAUACGUCACCCCUUCGGUGGUAACAAAAAGAUUCCCCGUUGUGACACAGAAGAAGGUUCUUGCAAAGGUUCCCCCUACGGUGACAGAAGGAAACAUCCCCGUUGUUACAGAAAAGAAAGUUACUGAGAAUCUUAUCCCCUCUGUGACAGAAGGAAAAGUGCCGGUUGUGACAACUGAGAAGGUUGCUGAGCAGGCUGCCCCUUCGGCGACAGAAGAGAUCGUCAGUGUCCCCAAGGAGCAAGAAAAUGUCCCUGUCAUGACAGAAAAAGAGGUUGAGAAUCUUAUCCCCUCUGUGACAGAAGGAAAAGUCCCGGUUGCGACAACAGAGAAGGUUGCUGAGCAGGCUGCCCCUUCGGCAACAGAAGAGAUCGUCAGUGUCCCCAAGGAGCAAGAAAAUGUCCCUGUCGUAACAGAAGAAAAGGCUGAGAAUCUUAUCCCCUCUGUGACAGAAGGAAAAGUCCCGGUUGCGACAACAGAGAAGGUUGCUGAGCAGGCUGCCCCUUCGGCGACAGAAGAGAUCGUCAGUGUCCCCAAGGAGCAAGAAAAUGUCUCUGUCGUAACAGAAGAAAAGGCUGAGAAUCUUAUCCCCUCUGUGACAGAAGGAAAAGUUCCGGUUGCGACAACAGAGAAGGUUGCUGAGCAGGCUGCCCCUUCGGCGACAGAAGAGAUCGUCAGUGUCCCCAAGGAGCAAGAAAAUGUCCCUGUCGUAACAGAAGAAAAGGCUGAGAAUCUUAUCCCCUCUGUGACAGAAGGAAAAGUGCCGGUAGUCCCUCAACAGGAGAUUGUUGACAAGGUUGCCCCUUCGGCGACAGAAGAAAAAGUUCCUGUUGUGGUAAAAGAGAAAGUCAUUGAACAGGCUGCCCCACAAGAAAGGGUUGUUGAAAAGGUUGCCCCUUCGGCGACAGAAGAAAAAGUUCCUGUUGUGGUAAAAGAGAAAGUCAUUGAACAGGCUGCCCCACAAGAAAAGGUUAUUGAAAAGGUUCCCCCUGCGGCGACAGAAGAAAAAGUUCCUGUCGUGGUCAAAGAGAAAGUUAGUGAACAGGCAGCCCCUUCGGGGACAGAAGAGAUUGUCACUGUUCCCAAAGAGCAAGAACAAGUCCCUGUUGUAACAGAGGAAAAGGUCGUUGAAGAGGUUGCCCCCUCCGUAACAGAGGAAAAAGCUCCCGUUGUGACAAAUCAGACGGUUGUCGAAAAGAUUACUCCUACCGCAACAGAGGAAGAAGUUGUCACUCAACGGAAGCUCGUUGAGAAGGUUGCCCCCUCUGUCGAGGAAAAUGUAGUUGACAUUCCAAAGAGGGAGGAAGUGUAGUUGACACAAUUGCUCCUGUUGUAAAGAAGGCAAGUACAACAGAGUAGUGAUACCGUGUUGCUGUUUCUCUUAUCAAUUUCGUUACAU